CACGGCUGCGGCGUCUGCUCCGGGCGGCGGCGGCGCGAGCGGCGGCGGCGCGAGCGGCCAUGGAGGCGGGCGCCGGGGCCGGUGCGGGCGCCGCGGGCGCCGCGGGCGCCGCGGGCUGGAGCUGCCCCGGCCCAGGACCCACAGUGACCACUUUAGGCUCCUAUGAGGUGUCUGAGGGUUGUGAGAGGAAGAAAGGCCAACGCUGGGGGUCCCUGGAGCGGCGGGGGAUGCAAGCUAUGGAGGGGGAAGUGUUGCUCCCAGCUCUCUAUGAGGAGGAAGAGGAAGAGGAAGAGGAGGAAGAAGGGGUGGAAGAAGAGGAAGAGCAGGCGCAGAAAGGUGGCAGUGUGGGCUCCUUGUCUGCCAGCAAGCACCGGGGACUGAGCCUCACAGAGACGGAGCUGGAGGAGCUGAGGGCUCAGGUGCUACAGUUGGUGGCAGAGCUGGAGGAGACCCGGGAACUGGCAGGGCAGCACGAGGAUGACUCCUUGGAGCUGCAGGGGCUCCUGGAGGAUGAACGGCUGGCCAGUGCCCAGCAGGCAGAGGUGUUCACCAAGCAGAUCCAGCAGCUCCAAGGUGAGCUGCGGUCUCUACGAGAGGAGAUUUCCUUGUUAGAGCGUGAGAAAGAAAGUGAACUUAAGGAAAUAGAACAGGAGUUACACAUAGCCCAGGCGGAGAUCCGGAAUCUGCGGCAAGCAGCAGAGGAUUCUGCGACUGAACACGAGAGUGACAUAGCAUCCCUGCAGGAGGAUCUCUGCCGGAUGCAGAAUGAACUCGAUGACAUGGAGCGCAUUCGGGGAGAGUAUGAAAUGGAGAUCACCUCCCUCCGUGCAGAAAUGGAAAUGAAGAGCUCUGAACCAUCCAAUAGUUUAAGUGUCUCAGAUUUCUCUGAGAUGCAAGAAGAGUUGCAGCAACUGCGGGAACGCUACCACUUCCUGAACGAGGAGUACCGGGCCCUGCAGGAGAGCAACAGCAGCCUCACGGGGCAGCUCGCUGAUCUGGAGAGUGAGAGGACACGAAGAGCAACAGAAAAGUGGCUGGAGUCCCAAAUGGUAAAGAAUACGAUGUCAGCAGAGUCUCAGACUUCAGAAAUGGAUUUUCUAGAACCUGACCCUGAAACCCAGUUGUUGCGACAACAGCUUCUGGGAGCUGAAGAGCAGAUGCAUGACAUGCAGAACAAGUGUAAGGAAUUGUGUUGUGAGUUGCAAGAACUACAGCAUCAUCGCCGGACCAGUGAGGAGGAGCAGAAGCGGCUGCAGAGGGAGCUCAAGUGUGCACAGAAUGAGGUGCUUCGGUUUCAGACUUCCCACAAUGCCGCCCAGAACGAGGAGCUGAAGACCAGACUCUGUGCCCUUCAGCAAAAGUAUGAUGCGAGCCAGGACGAGCAGAACGAGCUCUUGAAGGCACAGCUACAGCUUCAGACUGAGCUCCGGCAGCUCAAAGUCAUGAAAUCCACAGCCGUAGAAAGCCCGAGUGAGAAGGAGUUAAUGUGCCGGCUACAGAAGCUGCAGGUCCAGUACCAGCACAUCACGUGCGAGAAGGAUAAGCUGCUGGACGUACAGCGACAACUGUGUGGGGACCUGCGGUACCAUGAGGCGGAGGUGCAGCGCCUCAAGGACGUCGUGGCCUCCUUCCAGGAGAGCAGUGAGAAGAACGCAGAGAUGCACACCCAGCUUCAGGAGAUGAAGCGGCUGUACCAGUCCAGCAAGGAGGAGCUGGAGCGGCAGAAGCACAUGUAUGAUCAGCUCGAGCAGGACCUCCUGCUCUGCCAGCAGGAGCUGAAGGAGCUCAAGACCACCAAGCCCAUCCCAGAGGACAAGGGGAAAUGUGCUAAUAAGUGUGACACAGUGCUAUCCAGACUGACAGAAUUGCAGGAACAGUACAAGGCCAGCCAGAAGGAGUUGGGGCAGCUGCAGAUGGAGCAGUGCGAGCUCCUGGAGGAUCAGAGGAGGAUGCAGGAGGAGCAGGGCCGGCUGCAAGAAGAGCUGCACAGGCUCCCGCUACCGUUCCCCAGAGCUGGUCUCUUGCGUAAGAGUCAGGAGCUGCUUGCAAAGUUACAAGACCUGUGUGAACUACAGCUGCUCUACCAAGGCAUGCAGGAAGAGCAGAAAAAACUGGUACAGAAUCAAGAAUGUGUGCUCAGAGAACAGUCAGACCUGCACGAAGAGCUACAUCUUUUCAAAGAGGCUCGUUUCCAGGAAGUCUUCAAGAAUCCCGAUGAUUCCAAAUUGUCUAAGUCCUCCAAGUGUGGUCCUAACAAGUCCAAGAUGAUCAUCGCCCAGAUACAGGCUCUGCAGGGGCUGUACGAGAGCACUCAGACCGAGCAGGAGCUACUGCAGCAGGAGCAGGGCAGGCUCCUCGAGGAGCGGAAGAGGCUGCAGGCCGACUUGCAGCUCUGCCUGGAAGAGAUGCAGCUGCUCCAAGUCCAGUCCCCUUCCGUAAACAGGAGCCUUGAGUCCUACCAGAAGACCUACGGCGGCAUGGCCGCCAGCACCGAGUACGAUCGUAAGAGCUACGGUAGCAGCGUUGAUGACAGCGAGAGCUAUCACAAGAGUUACGGUAGCACCCAGGCCAGUGAUGAGAGCUUUCUCAAGAGCUACGACAGCAGCACCAGUACCCACAAGACCUGUGAUAGGAAUUACAGCAGCAGCAGCAGCAGCGUCACCUAUAAGAAGAGUUACGGUAGCAGCAGUAGCUCUGACACCUGUUACAAGAGUUACGUCAGCAGCAUUGAGGAUGAACCUGCUGAGCCCGAAGAUGUAGAGCGCUGUGAGGACAUGGUGGCCAAGGUGUUGAUCAAGCUGCAGGGAGUGCAGGCCAUGUACCAGCUCAGCCAGGAGGAACACGACCAGCUGCAAGAGCGAAUGAAAAAGCUGCUGGAACGGCAGAAGGAGCUGAAGGAAGAGCUGGAUGCCUGUGAAAAGGAAUUCAAGGAGUGCCUGGAAAGCCGCGAGAAGCCUGUUGCCUCCUCAAAUGACAGGAACGAGAUCAAAGAGCUGCAGGCCAAGCUGCGGGAGCUGCAGCUGCAGUAUCAGGCCAGCAUGGACGAGCAGGGGCGGCUUCUGGCCGUGCAGGAGCAGCUGGAGGGACAGCUGCAGUGCUGCCAUGAGGAGCUGCGCCAGCUCAAGGAGAGGUCCUCUGUCGCCACAGAAACCAAGGGAAAAAACGGCAAUAAGAAUAUGAACAAAAAUGCCAACGGGGUUAAAAAUAAAAAGGUGACCAAACCAAGCCUGGACGGCUCUGAGUACAACUGUGAGGACGAGAAGAGUCUGGAGGUGGUGCUCUACUACAAGGCCAACCACACGGAUUUAUAUGAUCUAACAAAAGAGGAAAUGGAGGAGGGAAAGAAGGAAACCAAAGAGGAAACGAAGCAGGAGUCCUGGGAGGAAGUAGCUUCUCAGGCAUCAGACCCUGCCGAGGUGAAGUCCACGGAAGAUAAAGAGGGGGCUUAUGAAGAGUCCCAAGAGCAGGGGGGCAAGGAAGAAGACAACAAAGAUGAGAGUGACGACACUUGCCCUGAAGCUUCAGAGGAAAACAGCCCCCUCAAGCUUUCUGAAAACAAAAAGGUGACCUCAGAGAUGAGGGUGGCUCCUCGCGUUGCCAGCCAAAUCGCAGAUGCAUUGGUCUGCACAUAUAAACCCUAUCUCCAGCAGCUCAUCCGAACACAGAGAAAUGGAAUGAGCUGGACACUGUGUGUGGGGGGGGGGGGGGGGCAAGUGACUUGCCCUUAGGUCCAUGCCCACACCCAUCUGCUGUGAAAAGAGUGCCCUGAGAAGAUCUGCAUCUGAGCCUUCGUGGCUCUGCCCUUGUGAUGCCUCAUGGGAUUCGCUCUCAGAGAGGACUUACUGUCAUGCAGAGUCUGACGGUGAACAGGUGGCACACUCAAGAGCCUUAACUUGAAGAGUGUUUAAAUGAAGGGACUCUGUACACAGGCAGAGUUAGAGAACCAGCAAGGAAUAGUGAAAUCCCCAGAUACCAGCAACAGUGUCUCCCAUCACAGACCUGAAGGAGAGGGGAGGAGGGCAGGGCUAGAGGACUGGAAAGGGGCCCCGGACCCACAGAAGGGUACGGCCCUUGUCAGAGCCUGACACCCUCUCCCCCCACCUGUCUGUUUCCUAAUGGCACUUCUCAUUGGCUGAUCCCAGCUGCGAGCCAGAGAGCAGCGAUGCCCAGGUGACACAGGUCGGUCUCCUGGAAUUCAGAGUAGGGCAAAGGAUGGAGAGGGGAUCAAAGUGGAGAUAGAAUGAUAAGGAUAAUUUAUGAGUGUCCUUGGUUACCGUCGUUGCUGUGGAACCCUCUGUGAUUGGUUGUUCCAAUGAAUGUUUCCAUAGGAGAGCCCUCAAGUGCAUUCAUAAGCCACAGUGGACAAAAUGGCGCCAUGACCGCUGGUUUCCCGGAACGCCUCUCUGCCUCUUUUCUACCUGAUGCCAAAGGAGUUUGUUCCAUUCACCCAAAUGUCCGAAGUAACGUACCUAUAGAGCAUGUACUGUAGUGGGCACUGCUAAGCAUUAAAUGAAUUCACUUCUUCCCCGGCCUUUUCCUAGGGGGCCUGGGGCCAGUUCUAAAAUCGUGAUCAGUCACUGUAGUAAACAGGGCUGCACCUAGGCAGAUUGAGGGCAUUGCCACGCAUUCCUUUCUCUCCCUUUAAAUGACUCCUCUUUGAAGGCAGUGCUGAUUUGGGGUGGCCUAGCUCCUUGCAAUUCCAAGUGUGGUCCACAGACCAGCAGCAUCAGCGUCGUUAGCUUGUUAGGCAGUAUCUCAGGCCUCACAUCAAACCUACCAGCACAGAAUCUGCAUUUUAACGAGGUCCCCAGUUGAUUAGUAUGCGCACUAGAAUUAGAAAACUGCCCUCAGCGACAUUAGGUUGUAUGUGCUCAGUUGUAACCUAAAUUGAAGAAAUUCCUUCACAACCCAUCCGGUACCACUGGCCCCUUGCUGUUGAGUGUAGGUAGGGGGACCCUGUUUUUAAUCCACUUUAGUCUGGCCACCAGUCGGCUGGAGAACAUAUGUGGUGGAAAGGACUGGAAGAUGACUUACCAGUGAGGAUCACUGAUUUAACUUGGAAUUAGAAGCCAAGAUGGAGGCCACGGUCCAGGAGGCAGUGAGCCUCCAGUUAGGACUGCAUCCCAUCCUUCCCAGGCCUGAGCCUAGAGCCUGAGCAAUGCGCAGGAAAGUGGUCCUGCUUUUCUUCCCCCAGCCCUUUUGCUCAUUUUAGAAAGCCGUCCUCUUCAUCAUUUGGGUCUUUGUGCCUCCUGGUCUUGUUGAUAUACUGUUGCCAGAAUAAAGAGGACUCUCUGUGCUGAGUGUGAAA